GUGUUAUGAAAAAUUUAAUUCAAGAAAAAUAAAUUUAACUGAAAUACUUUAAACAUGAGGUGGAGCGAGAACGAGACCUGUAUAUUUGUGAAACUAUACCUCAGUCACAGAUGUUUGUGGGAUACUGAACAUGAAGAUAACAAAUCCAAGUUUCAUAGGGAGCAAGCAUACAAAGACAUGAUUUCCAAAUUUCACGCUUUAACCAACAUGGAACUGGAUACGAAUUACGUUAGAAUGAAGAUAAGGGCAAUAAGGUCUACGUAUUCGCAGGAGCUUGCGAAAAUUCGAGAUAGAUCAACCUCGGAACGCAGGUUCAAACCUAGUCUUAAAUGGUUUAAUGUUAUGCACAAAUAUUUGUCGAACAAAGGUGGAAAACCUAAAGAGGAGUUUCUUUCUGGCGACGAUCAAGACACUGGAGAAGAAGACUCAUCACAAAAAGUUUGGGUUACUGAAGAAGCAGACACAUUGGACGACAAUGAUGAUGCCGACAAAGAUCCCUUCAUAACGCAAGCAGAAGAAGACUAUAUCCUACUACUUAAGUCGGAACCAAAGGAGGAUAGUGCAGAACAGAAAGAAACAAAAUAUAGACAAAAGAAACGCAAAUUCAAACAUCGUAGCACAAGCUCAGAUAUUUCCGAGCCAGGCAGUCGUUCUGUGCUUAGUUAUGAGUCACAAAAGGAAGAUGAAUUUGAUAUAUAUGGUAAAUACAUAGCAUCACAGCUACGAGGCAUGGAUAUACAAAGAGCAUUGCGUGUACAGCUCCAAAUUCAACGCCUUGUUAGUGAUGCUCGAAUGGAACAGUUGUCUAGUGGUCACUGAUAUUUGAUUUCACUAUUGAAGGUUUGGUAUUGAUUCAAAGAAUUUAUUAAGAAUGGCUUCCCGGAAUAGCCUCUGCUCGACCACAUUCAUUUAAUAAUUUUCUGCCCCAACAAUGUGAGUCGGAGAAAAAUUCUCAUUUCUGAUCAGUCUUAAUUUUUAAGAAAAAUGAAUAUUCUUUAUUCGUCCCGUAUUCUCCCAUUUUCUUUCGUAUAAUUUUAUUUCUUUCUCCAUCCUCCAUGAUAAUUUUCCACGCUGACACCGGUCAAAAGUUUGUUAUUGAACGAAAACGACGCCUAACUUUGUUUUACUAAACGAUUUUAUUUUUUAUUUCCCGCUAAAUAAAACUUCCUACAACGUUUCUAAAAGAAAGAAAAUAACAUGAGCUCUCAAAUUAUAUUUUUGUAAUGUCAUUAAAAUAUAUAUAUAACCGUCAUUGUGAAUAAAAACCGCCGAAGUAUUUUAAUAACAGGCAAUCUGUCUCACUACCGCUACACAUGUCUCUCAACCCUGACAUUGGCAAAAUCGUCGCGCAAAACGACGGAGCCAUAGACACAAAAGUUGAAGUUGAAGUUGAAGAAUGGCUUCACAUUCUUAAAUGUUAUAAUCAAUUUGGCAUUGUUUUUUGUAAUUUGUGGUUGUAUCUGCCAGAAUUCAUAAAGUUCAAGGAAAAUAUAGAACGUAAAUUAUUGUAAAAAUUUUAGAUUUUAUCAAGCAUGAAUGUAUUUUUGAUAGAGGUCCCGUACUUGGAAGUUUUUGAUAUUGUACAUUUUAAUUUGAUGUCAUUUGCUUGCUAAAAGUUAUGCAGCAGAUGCUGCUAUGCAAAAAAAUUUAGGUGCAAUAAUUGUAUAAUGUAAAGACAGUCUACAUUAAAUUGGUAUUUAUUGUUUUUCGUAGUAGCAAAGAGUAAAUACAUUUGUGGAGCAUCAGAAUAAAAACCGAUAAGUCAUAUUUUGACUUUUUUGGUAAAUAGUAGUUUUUGUACACUUCUAUGAAUAAUUAUCCAACUUGAAUGCUAAAUCCUCCUUCAAAAUACGUUCCAAAUGCAGAGAUCUGAACACAAUGGUAACAAAUCCGUUCAAUAAGGCUAUACGAAAUUAGAAUCGAAAUUUCUCAGAUUCAUCGGUUUUUGUUCCGAAGCUCACCAUUGUAAUUAUUUACUCCAAGACAUUAGCAAAGAUUGCAAUUGUUAAGAGUUAUUUCCGGACAUAUUACCCAUUUGUCAGAUUUUCUAGACAAGAUUUAUAGGUAUCUAGUGUCUAAACAUUUUCCCAACCUACACCAGUAGGAAGGAAGAAUAAAAGGUGCGUUAAUUUAAUUCACCUGAAUUAAUUAAAUUUUUAUUGAAUUGAUAUUCAAUUCUUUUUUGUGAAAUUACUCCACUAGUUUGUUAUAAUUAUUAAUACAAAGAUUGAACACUCAGAAUAAAUUAUAUGAGAAAU